AUGCCAAGUUUGUUUAAGGAAGGUGACAUAAUGAUCGGAGGAAUCUUCCCAGUUUUAAACAAAGAGACACUCAGCACUUAUACAUUUGACAAGGAGCCACCUAAAGUGCAGUGUGAAGGAUUUGACCUGCGAAUUUAUCGAUGGACACAGGCAAUGAUAUUUGCCAUUGAAGAAAUCAACAACGAUCCUGCUCUGCUUCCAAACAUAUCUCUUGGCUAUAGGAUCCUUAACUCUUGUGCAUCUCCUACAAAUACUUUACGUGCUGCUCUAACGCUGGCUAGUGGAGCAGAGGAGGCAAGUGCGACUUCUCAUUGCCCUCCAGCUAUAUCUGCCCUCAUAGCAGAGUCUGGGUCAUCUCAGUCAAUAGCUGCUGCUGGAAUUCUUGGACCAUUUCAUAUGCCAAUAAUCAGCUACUUCUCAACGUGUGCUUGCCUGAGUGACAGAACUAAAUAUCCUACAUUUUUUAGAACAAUCCCCAGCGACUAUUUCCAGGCAAAAGCUUUGGCUGCACUGGUCAAACAUUUUGGAUGGCAGUGGAUUGGAGCCAUACAGGCAGACAAUGAUUAUGGACGUAAUGGAAUUCUUGCCUUUAAGGAGGAGGUUGAAAAGUUUGGGGUUUGUGUUGCUUUUGUUGCAUCAGUUCUACGCACGUACACAAGAGAUAAAUUUCUAGAAGUUGUGGAAAUAAUAAAACAGUCAUCUGUCAAAGUAAUUUUGGCUUUUUCUUCUGAGGGUGACUUUUAUCCUUUGAUGCAAGAGAUUGUGAACCAGAACAUUACAGGAAUUCAGUGGAUUUCUUGUGUGGCUUGGAUAACAGCACCUCGACCAUCCACACCUGAAAUACAUAGAUCCUUUGGCGGAACAGUGGGAUUUGUAAUGCAGAAGAUGGCUAUUCCUAAACUUAAACACUUUCUUACAAGUAUUAGUCCUUAUACAGAUCCCAAUGCACCUUUUGUGAAGGAUUUCUGGGAGAUUAUGGUGGGCUGCACACCUGUUUUGCAAGGGGUACAUGCAGCUACUGAGGACACAACCAAAAGAUGUACAGGCAAUGAAACAUUAAUGAAUUCCGAGCAUGAUUUCUUCAAUGUCACAGAGCUCAGAGUGACCUAUAAUGUCUAUAAAGCAGUUUAUGCUAUUGCACAUGCUCUGCAUCAGCUGGUAUUCUGCCAACCAGUUGGAGCACAAACAGUAAAGCGAUGUUUAAACCUGUCAGAAAUAAAGCCCAAGGAGGUCAGUAAAAAGUUACAAAAGGUGAAUUUCACAAAUCAGUUUGGUGAUGAGGUGUUUUUUGAUGAGAAUGGCGAUCCUCCUGCUUCUUAUGAUGUCAUUAACUGGCAGUUGAUAAAUGGAAAAGUGCAACAUGUGACACUUGGUCAUUUGACAUUUGCUGCAAAUGGUGAUUACAAGCUCAGCAUCGAGGAGGAAAAGAUAGUGUGGAGGACAGGGAAAAAAAUGCCCACAUCGGUGUGUUCUAAUGUUUGCCCAGUUGGAACCAGAAAAGCUCAAAUUCAGGGAAAACCUAUAUGUUGUUUUGACUGUGUACCCUGUGCUGAUGGAACUGUAGCCAACUCAACAGGUGCAGCAGACUGCACACCUUGUCCAAAGGAAUACUGGUCCAAUGAGAGAAAAGAUGAUUGCAUUCCUAGAACUAUUGAGUUCCUGAAAUAUCAUGAGCCCAUGGGAAUAGCUCUAACACUUGUAUCCCUGUUAGGGGCCUCUCUCUCCCUUGCCACAAUGGUGGUUUUUAUCAACUACAGAGAAACUCCUGUGAUAAAAGCCAGCAACUUUGAGCUGAGCUCUUUCUUAUUGUUUUCUCUUUUUCUGUGUUUUCUCUGUCCUCUCACUUUUCUUGGUCAACCAACAGUCUGGACAUGCAUGCUGCGCCACACCACUUUUGGUGUGACAUUUGCCCUUUGCAUUUCCUGUGCCUUGGGAAAAACCAUUGUUGUUGUCACAGCCUUCAAAGCCACAUUUCCUGGCAACAACAUUGCUGGAAAGUUUGGUCAUGCACAACAAAGAAUCAUCAUUUGCUCCUGCACUUUGAUUCAAGUGGUAAUAUGUGCAUUAUGGCUGACUUUAAACCCACCUUACCCACAUAUGUUGUUCACAUACAGCAAUAGGAUGAUUGUUCUGGAAUGUAAAACAGGAUCUCAGGCUGCUUUUUAUGCAGUGUUGGGAUACAUAGGGAUCCUUGCAGUCAUUUGUUUGAUCCUUGCAUUCAUGGCAAGAAAACUUCCUGAUAAUUUCAAUGAAGCCAAAUUGAUCACAUUCAGCCUGCUGAUAUUCUGUGCUGUGUGGAUUACAUUCAUCCCAGCAUACAUCAGUUCUCCUGGAAAGUUCACUGUAGCUGUAGAAAUAUUUGCAAUUUUGUCUUCAGCUUUUGGCUUAUUAAUUUGUAUUUUUGCACCCAAGUGUUACAUAAUAUUACUUAAGCCAGAAAAGAAUACCAAGAAACAUGUCAUGGGCAAAACUACAAGCUAA